AUGUCCGAGAAGAAGGUUUUAGCUCCUGCUCAGCUUUUAGAGCAGCUUUUCGAGAACCCUGAAUCCGAUAUCAGCUUGGAUGAGAGCGAGGUUUCCAGUGGCUCAGAAUUUUCCGUCCGAGGGAAGGCAAACGCGUCUGAGAGCCAGUACAGCCAGACACAAAAGGCCCAGAACGUCUUCCAGGCUGCAAAGACGGUCUCCCCCGCCCUCCCUGGAACCGUCAACCCCCCGAAAGGCAACGUCAAAAAGCCUGAGAGGGAAGCUGAGAACUACACCGACCACUCCUUCAACAUCUACCACACUUUCCAGCCCUGCUCCCACCAACCGCUGGAACGACUGUGA